GCGGAGCCGCCGCUUCCGGCUCCCGUUUAAGAGCUCGUGCGCCCUCCACGCUCCGGCUUCGUGCGUCAACCCUCCUGCCCCUUCCGUGCGUCUCGCCGCUCCCCUUCCUGCGUGCGGGGUUAUUUCUCUCAUGGAACCCGGGUCGAAAAUGAUGUCUCAAUUUCGUUUGGCUCUCAUCCAGCUUCGUGUGUCUUCUGUCAAGGCAGAUAACCUCACUCGAGCUGGUGAGUUUAUCAAGAAGGCUGCAAGUCAAGGAGCCAAAAUUAUAAGUCUUCCUGAGUGUUUUAAUUCUCCUUAUGGCGCAAACUUCUUUCCUGAAUAUGCAGAGCCAAUCCCCGGUGAAUGCACAAGAAGACUUUCUGAUUUAGCCAAAGAAUGUCAAGUUUAUCUCAUUGGAGGUUCCAUUCCUGAAGAAGAUGAUGGAAAAUUUUACAAUACCUGUACUGUGUUUGGUCCUGAUGGAGCUCUCCUGGCAAAGCACAGAAAGCUUCACUUGUUUGACAUUGAUAUUCCUGGAAGGAUUCGAUUCCAAGAAUCAGAAACGUUGAGUGCUGGUGACAGUCUCUCCAUUUUUGAAACCCCUUAUUGCAAAGUGGGCGUGGGGAUUUGCUAUGACAUUCGCUUUGCUGAACUUGCACAAAUCUACUCUCAGAGAGGUUGCCAGCUGCUGGUGUACCCCGGUGCUUUUAAUCUGACCACUGGACCAGCACAUUGGGAGCUGCUUCAGCGAGGCCGUGCUGUAGACAAUCAAGUGUUUGUGGCCACUGCCUCCCCAGCCAGGGAUGUGGAUUCCUCUUAUGUUGCCUGGGGACAUAGCACUGUGGUGAGUCCAUGGGGAGAAAUUCUGGCCCAAGCUGACACCGAUGAAAGCAUCGUGUAUGCAAACAUAGACCUGAAGAAGUUGUUUGAAGUUCGCCAACAAAUCCCUGUUCUCAGCCAGAAGAGGGCAGAUCUUUAUGCUGUGGAGUGGAAAAAGGUCUGAGGGACCCGGAUUGCUGCAAAAGAUCUAUAUCCAGAUCUUUGAAUUCUUUUAGAUUUCAGCCUUUUCCUAGUGGUGAAGGGUAAAGAAAUUAAUCCAACAAUAGACCACACACACUUGAGGUCCUACAGAAGAUUUAUCAUUAGUUACUUGGUCUUGCUAUGCAGACCAGUCAGAAUAGCGACAAAGUAGCAGAAUAAAGUGUUGUUAGGAUUAGGGGCAAAAUUCACAUAAGAUCAAGGUGCUCAUGGGCACCAUUCAUUUCAUGGAAUUGAAAGUUUUUUAUCCAAAAAGCCGUUUUGUUAUAUUGCCCCACAAGUGCCUAAGAUUUCAGACCUGGCUUAUGUUUUGGGGACAUAUGUUUUGCUUGGUUAUACUCCUUAAAAAGGAGAAAUUUUUAUCCUGUGGCAAAAGGGGCUGGGUAUUGUUGCUGCCUAAUGAUGGGAUGGGGAAAAAAAAUAAAGUUUAGAAAUGGGGCAGUUUUGUGAUGGGUUAAAUUUAUUAUGUUUCUUUUUUAAAUGUUUAUGUUAAGUAUUUUUUAAAAAUUAUUUAAGAUACCUAACAUUAUAUUUCCAUUAAAAUUAAGAAUUCCCCUUCCCUAUCUCAUCUAAUUUAUUCUCCUUUGUGAGCAGAAUUGUUCUCACCAAUCAAACCUCUCAGACUGACAAAUAAUUCUCUGGAGUUUCUGCCUAAGUAAAUCUACAUAUCAGGCUAUUUCCUAUUAAUCUCUCUGACAGUAUAAGUUGCCUUCCACAAUGUAAGUGAAAAUGACAAACUUUAAGAGCCAUCCUUGCAGCUUAACAUCUGGAGAAGGAGUUUCUAUACAAUGUAAAUGUGCUUAAUUAAAAAGUGUGAAUUAGCAGUACUACACAAAAUUCCAUCCUCAACAUUAAGAACCCCAAAGUGACUUUCUUCCCAUGUGUUGCUGGGUUAUCUGUCUCAUUUUACCUUUUGUUUUUUGCAAGGAAAAACAAAAGGUAUCAUUCCCUUUCCCAUAUAUUUUAAAUAUCACCUGUACAAGAAGGUGCCUUAACUUUAAUAAGUCAAAGCAAAACCAAAAACUUACCUCAUACCUUUACACCAUCUUUUUCUGGGACUUUUCAAGGAACUUAUAUGGACUCAUUACAAGAUCCCCGAAUCUAUCUCUAAUAUCUUUCCCCUCUUUCUACCUGUAUCACAGUUAAAAGCAUCGCAAUAUCAAAUUACGUGUGUGUAUAUAUAAUUAUAUAUAUAUAAAACCAGUUUAGAUGCAAUGUAAUUCAAGUCACAUUCUCUCUUCAUUCCUUUCAUAUUUAUAUGUAUUUGCAGGCCUAUGUGUGAUUGCCCAUUCCCUUCCUCCCCAACUUUUCCUUCUUAAAGGAUUGCCAAUACAACAAAACUCUAGGUCUUAGGUUUCAUUUGACUACAGCUGACCCUGAAUAUUAAGAUUCUGUAAAAACCCUUUUUUAUCACCCUCCACUAGAAUAAACAUUUCAUCCAUGAUAGAUCUAAUUGUUCACCUAUAUAUGUCCCUUUAAUUUUUCUUGACUUCCAUAUUUAAAAAAAAAAAAUCCCUUAUCUUACUGAAGUCAUUUCUUCCUUGUAGAAUUACUCAAUUUUACAAGUUACUCUUGAUUGAUACUUGCCUUUGAAGAAUUUGAUUCCAUAUCUCCUUUAAAAUGAUAGUUGCUGAAGAGCCCAAUUUCCUCAGCGUUUUGAGUUUUUUAGGUUGCUUGAGGUAUUUUUUUUUCUUUUAUCUGGAAACUAUUCAAACAAUGACAUUCUUAGGAGUUUCCAUUUUGAGAUUUCUAUCAAUCAGAUGAUUGAUAAAUUCUUCCAUUUUCAAAUUGUCUUCUUGUCUAAUAUAAGCACGUUUCUUGAUAGAACCAGUUCCCCCACCUGGGGGAUGGGAGAGAUUAAAUGAUUUUUAUUAACUUUCCUUAUUUGUUUCCAGGAUAGGUUGUUUCUGGUGAACCACCAUUUAUUUUGUCCAUUUUUUUUACUUAAUGAUUCAUGUCUUGUGGAAUCAUAAAUUUGGUUCAUUCUGUUUCUUAAGGAUCUUGUUACCGAUAUAGUUUUGUGCCUUGUGUUCUUUUCCCCUUUCUUCCAUUUCCUUUAAUGUCACUUUAAAUCUCAUGAAUCAUUUCAAGAAUUCUAAUUAUUAUUUAUUAUGGGCUGCCCAACCAACCACCUUUGGGAUUUUUUGCUAAGUUCGUAUCUUAGAA